AUGCUCCGCAUCGUGCUUCAACGCUUAGCGGUGCAGCACCGAAUUGCCCAGCAGCUGGAGGCGGUGUCGCUGGACGAGGUGCUGCGCCGCAUGCAGUCAAGUUCACUGACAAACCCAUCGCGCUCACUCGAGGCCCACUUUGUAUUGGCCACAGAAGGGCGUGGCCAUGAGCCCAAUACCCCAGCAGCGACCUCAUCCGGUGCCGAGAACCUGAAGGAAUCCUCCGGCGACCUGCUGCGCAACGCGCUCAGCGAGCGGCUUCUCGCUGAGGUGCACCGAGAGCUCGGCUCGCCCACCAUCACCCUCGAUGAUGCCAGUUUGAUGUUAGCCAACUGCCUACGGCACGGGCUCUCCCCUUUCGCCACGCAGCAGAUUUUUACCCUCUGGCAACGGCGUAUGCACCACGCCGUGGCUGGUGCGCCUUCCGCUGCGUCGUCCCGCACAUCCAUCUCGAUGCUUGGCAUGGGAAAGGGCAACACCGCUGUUGCGCACGCUGGUGGAGGCGCUGCCGGUGUGAGCGAGCUGGCGCAGUUUCAGUCCCUGGUUCGUGUAAUGGAGGCGUGUCUUGAUGCCCAUGAUAGGCAACAGCAAGAUCUCAGCCGAUCUCUGAAACGAAUCUCCUUAGCAGCACCGGGUGCGCGGAAGCUACGAUCGAAGGGCUCGAUCGUCUUCACCCUCGAUGACUUGGCGGCUUUGGUAGACACUGUGGAGCAGCACUGGACGCUCUUUAUCGACCAUGGCACCUCCACAACAGGGCUGCUCGUGCAGUUCACCGCUCUCGCUCUGGUGCUGACGGGGUGUGCUUCAUCGGCGGCCGCCGAGGCAGAGCCUGGGAGCCGGUUCGUAAACAGUCUGCGCCGGCUGAGCCACUUGCGGACGGAUCGUGCGCUGUUGCAGCAGCGCAUCUUCUGCCUGUGUGAUCAAGCCAUCGCUUUGCUGUGCUCUCAAGAGGAGGAAGCUUCGGCAGCAGGCGAUGGAAACACACCGUCUCGUCGAGAGAGUCCGUGGUGGUAUCGACCGCAGGAACUCGUGCGUCUGUCGCAGGCGAUACAGCUUAUUGAGCUCUACGAAGCGGAGCAGCGGCGGGGCAGCGGAACUGGCUCACCUGUUGAGCACUCUUUCCAUGGCGAAGGGGGCGGGCCGCGCAGGCCAGGAAGCAGCGCCGCACGAACGUUGAGGAGGGACACUGGUAAGAUGGCGCUGCGCUCCUCAAACCCGGUGCGAGGCCCGGCGCUGAGUGGUGCGCAGACUGCGCGUGCGCCUUCCAUGGCACACUGCCUACUUCGCCUGCCCACUGCGUGGUGGCCCACUUCUUCAGCGUCCCUUCAUGAAGCCGCUGCGGGUCAUCGAACGACGGCGGCGGCUGUCCGGGCAAGGCGACGACUCGGCGUCUAUGUGACGCAUCGCGCACUACAGCACACCUCCACAGCGAUGUCUCGCCUAUCGGCACCACCGCCGAUACCCUCGUACGCCGUAUCGCCUGCUCUGGUGUCCAUCUCCCUUGCGGACAUCGGGGAGAUCUUCGCCACGGUGUGCGCCACAGCGUCGUCCCUGGCCUCCACGGAGGCAGUUACGGGGUUCUCGUGGUGGGUGCGCGAUGUCUUUGUCCAGCAGUACAGGCAGCGCAGCUUGCACGACGUGCAAGAAAUAGCUGCGCUCUUAGGGAUUGCAGAAGUCUGCGUCUUGUACCCCGACGGAACCCAGACGGUACUCGCUGAGGCUCUCAAGUGUCUCCAACGCUCUGCCCCUGUUUUGUGGCGCGUUGGUGACACGGCAGUGACUAGCGGGCCCGACACACCCGGCUUACUGUGGUCACGCGCGUGUGAGGUUGUCGGUGGUGCACUGACUCUGGCCACUCUCCGUGCCGAGGCCCAACGCACGCUGCGGGCAUUGGUGCACACCGCAAGCCAGCCUGCGUCUUCUGGUAUAAUGGCGAGGGGGUCGAGCAGCGAGCUGGCAUGUCGGCAUCAGCGGUACGGCCUCUUGGUGCUUGCAUGCUUGCAGCUGCAGUCACCAGGCGGCACAAUCACCCCAGCCCUGAAGCGGGUGAUUCAAGAGCUCGUCUUCUCUGCACCGUUUCGCUGCGAUGAUGCUGAUCACGGGGGACUGGCUGCGGUGGCGCGAGCUCUGUUCAUUUUCACGCGACCAGAGCUGACUCUUCGAGCCCCUGCAUUCGCCCAGGACACGCCACUGUGUGAUCCGGCUGUCCCGUACCUUUUAAAUGAGUUGACACGCUUCCUCUCCUCGUCAGCUGCUACGUGGGGCGAUGGCGCGACCGUUGCCGUGGAGGAUGACAAGGAUAAUCUGCAACCCCUGCCGCAGCUUACCUCAGUCGAGCGACAGCUGCUGCGCACCGCGUUGCAUGAGGUGCAGCUGCAGACGCAGCACGAUGUCAAGGAAAGGACGCCACGAGGACACGUGGUAGCCCCCAGUGGCGGUGAAGUGGGUCAAGGUCAGGCAGCGCGUACGGCAUCCGUGCAGGUGCCGUUGUCGCUCUCAGUGACGACGCAGGCUGGCGUGGUCGGCUCCGCGGAUGCCUCGAUGCUGUUCUCCGAUCGACAAGCAGGUGCGGUGAAUACGAAAAGCGGUGCGAGUCGGCGUUGUAUAGUGUCCCACGAGCGAGCCCCUCGACGUCGUAUGAGCAGCUCCAAGGAGCAUCUGCUAAUUCAGUCGGAGAUCGAUAGUCUGACCCACUAUCUCCGUCAGCGUCUCUCCCUGAGGUGA